AUGGCAGCCUGUGGUCCUGCUCUACUAUGGCUCAUCAUGAGGGGUCUCCCCGUCUUGAGCUUCCUCCUGGCAGUAGCCUUCAGCCAGAAGAUGUUCAGUGGAGACCAGGUUCUCCGCAUCAGAACCAAGGACCAGAAGCAGCUCCAAUUAAUCAGAAAUCUAGCAGACACCCAAGACCUGAAGGUUGAUUUCUGGCACGCUCCGGCCAGGUCCAGCCUCCCCGUGGAUAUGAGAGUUCCUUUCUCUAACCUGAACGCCGUCAAAAACUAUCUGAAUUCCAGCGGCAUCUCCUAUACCAUCAUGAUAAAGGACAUCCAGGGUCUCUUGGAUAAGGAAAUUAAAGAAAUGAAAUUCAAUAGAGGAAAAGAAAAGCGUGAUGCUAACUUCAACUAUGGAGCCUUUCACAGCUUGGAUGAGCUUUAUGGUGAGAUGAGCAACAUUGCUUCUGAAUACCCCAAUCUAGUGAGCCUUCUGAAGAUGGCUAAUUCUUUUGAAAAACGACCAUUGUAUGUACUAAAGUUCAGCACUGGGAAAGGAGAUGGACCCGCCAUUUGGCUGAAUCAUGGACUUCACUCCCAGGAAUGGAUCACCCAUGCUACAGGAAUAUGGAUAGCCAGAAAGAUUGCCUCUGACUUUUCUGAGAAUAAGCCAACCAUCACCUCCAUCUUGAAUAAAAUGGAUAUCUUCCUAAUGCCAGUGGCUAAUCCUGAUGGAUAUGCUUAUUCUUAUACCACAGAUCGCUUCUGGAGGAAGAAUAGAUCCCCUAUUCCUGGAAGUAUAUGUGAAGGAGUUGACCUAAGCAGGAACUGGGAUGUAGCCUUCUCUAUGGGCAGUCACGAUCCUUGUUCUUCAUUUUACCAUGGGUCCAAUCCUCAUUCAGAAGUAGAAGUGAAAUCCAUCGCAAAUUUCAUCAAAAACCAUGGGAAUUUCAAAAGCUUCAUUGAUUUCCACAGCUCAGCACAGCUCCUGAUGUAUCCUUAUGGUUACACAAAAAACAAGUGCCCUGACUGUGAUGAACUGGGCAAGCUUGCAAGAGAUGCAGCAAGAGCCCCAAACUCCUUGUUUGGCACCAACUAUCAAGUGGGAUCUGUCUUCGAAACUCUAUACUUUAUCAGUGGCAGCAGCACAGACUGGGCUUAUGAAAAUGGAAUUAAAUACGUGUUCACUUUUGAGCUGCAAGACACUGGCAAAUAUGGCUUCCUUCUGCCACCUGAGCAGAUCCUCCCCGUUGCCCAGGAGACCUGGCUGGCCCUAGAAGUGAUCAUGGUGUAUGUUAAGGACCACCUCUACUAAAGAACCGCCUCUGAUGCUGAAGAUAGAAGGAUAUGCUUAGGAAACUGCUGCUUGUACUCGUGGUCUUGUUGUCUGUCAUCUAUUCAUCCAUGAGUUCUAUCAGAUGAUGUCGUCAAGGCAUAAUAUUAUUAUGUUCUAUAUUGUGAUAUGACCACUGGUUAUCCCAGAAUAUUAGGGUGAAUGCUUCAUAUGGCCUCCCUCCCAAAUGAACACCCGGCACGGAUAUUUUGUCUAUUAAUACAUUCAGUCCCUUUUUGGAGCCUUUUUAUAUUUUCAGCCUCUACCUUUUUGUGGUCCAUUUUCUUUUUUUUCUAAUAAGGAUUUAAUAUCAAAGAUAUAUAAA